AUACACAAAAUCCUAUUUCAAAAUUGAAAAAGUCUAUAUAUUUAUGAUAUUAUCCACUCUGCUUGUGCCGGAGUGAGCCAUCGUCACAAAUUGACAUGAGCUCUCUUUUGGUACAAAAAUGGGACCAUGGGCUAAUGGGCCCACCACCCACUCACAGUGUUGCCUCUACUUUUUUCACCUGAUCCAUCCAGGCCCAGUAAAAGCUCUCCAUAUCGGCUUUCCCGCGAACCCAAACGGUUAAAACCCUCUGCCCUGCAGGUGGAGAUAAGGGUUCAUGUCCACGUGUCAAAAAUCGGGCAUGUCAGUACAAAACGUGGCACGUGACGACUCUCAGAACCACACCACCCAUAGAUACACCAAGAAACCGAGAAUCCGAAACCAGGACCGGACAAAAACGAAGCCUCAAAAUCUCAAUUGGGGUGAUUGAUUGUUCUCAUGGUCCUCCCCUGGUUAAAAUAUAACCCUAGGGUUGAAAUUGAAAGCAAAAGACACCCAUUCGUCCUCUUUAUAUAUCGCGCAUUUUGUAUCUUGUAAUUUACAGAAAAAACUCAGAGAUUAGCUUUGGGGGCUUUGGCUUUGAUAUCUUCUAUGUCAGUGUUGCAUUGUCGUGAGAGUGAGAGCCAGGCUUGCAUGCGGGUGAUUGCGCAUUUCCAAGGUGAUACUCGCUUCUGGGCUCGCUGGUGGAGCCAUGGCGGUUAAGAAGGCCUGCGAGUCCUUCUCCAAGAGCUUGAUCAACGAGGUGCAGAGAUGGGGCUGUAUGAAGCAGACCGGCGUGAGCCUCAGGUACAUGAUGGAGUUUGGGUCCAGACCCACCCCGAGGAAUUUUAUAAUCUCCGCUCAGUUUCUUCACAAGGAGCUCCCCAUUAGGAUUGCUAGGCGAGCAAUUGAGCUCGAGGCCCUCCCUUAUGGCUUGUCUGAGAAACCUGCCGUUUUGAAGGUACGAGAUUGGUAUUUGGAUUCCUUCCGCGACCUUAGAUCCUUUCCUGAUAUUAAGGAUGCUAAUGAUGAGAAGGAAUUUACACAAAUGAUUAAGGCGAUUAAGGUAAGACACAAUAACGUGGUCCCAAUGAUGGCUUUGGGCGUUCAACAGUUGAAGAAAGGCAUAAAUCCGAGGAUUGUCUACGAGGAUCUUGAUGAGAUUCACCAAUUUUUGGAUCGCUUCUACAUGUCAAGAAUUGGAAUUCGCAUGCUCAUUGGCCAGCAUGUCGAGUUGCACAAUCCCAACCCCCCUCCUCAUGUUGUGGGUUAUAUACAUACAAAAAUGUCUCCUGUGGAGGUAGCACGAAAUGCUAGUGAGGAUGCCCGCGCAAUCUGCCAACGGGAGUAUGGCAGCGCACCUAAUGUUAAGAUCUAUGGGGAUCCUGAUUUUACAUUCCCGUAUGUUCCAACACACUUGCAUACUAUGGUCUUCGAGUUAGUUAAGAACUCCUUGCGUGCUGUCCAAGAGCGGUACAUGGACUCGGACAAAGUUGCACCUCGUGUUAGAAUAAUAGUUGCCGAUGGAAUUGAGGAUGUUACUAUCAAGGUCUCAGAUGAGGGGGGUGGCAUACCAAGAAGUGGACUCCCCAAAAUUUUUACAUAUCUUUACAGCACUGCAAGGAACCCUUUGGAUGAGCAUUCAGAAAUCUCUGAAGCUGAUGCAGUUACAAUGGCUGGGUAUGGAUAUGGGCUUCCUAUAAGUCGCUUGUAUGCUAGGUAUUUUGGAGGAGAUUUGCAAAUUAUCUCAAUGGAAGGAUAUGGGACUGACGCAUAUCUCCAUUUGUCUCGCUUGGGAGAUUCACAGGAGCCUUUGCCAUGAUGAAUCUGUGGUGUUUCUAUGUGAAUGAAUCGAUACAGUUGAAUUUUCAAACUAAUUCAGGGGAAUAUUAUAAGUUAAAAGUGUCAUAUUUUAUUGUAAAGGAGAUAAAUUUGCUGUCAAUUUUUUUAUUCUAAUGAAAAUUGGCAGUUUUCUUGUGUCUUUGUCUGUGUGAGUCAACCUCACCAGGGGAAGGAGGAUAUAAUAUAAUCAAGUCGUGUGGCGGUCUUAUGCGUAAAGACUGUUCUACCAACUCUUUCUACA